AUGCGUUUUUCCUCUCGAGUAUUAUUGAGGUCACAAAUACGAUCAAAUCAACACAAAGUAUCUCUAUUCAAUAACAAAAUCUUUCAUUCCACCAUGCCUCUAGUCGUCCCCCAGGUUAACGCCGGCGAUAAGAACGAAUGGCUCAAUAAGCUGGCCGGGAAGACGAUCACGGAGGGAACGAGUGACGUUACUUCAUUUGCGAAGAAGGAUUUGCCCCAGUCUCAUCGGAUUGUUAAACCCGGCGAUAUGAUGACGAUGGAUUAUAAGCCUGAACGGUUGAACGUACACUUGGAUGAACAGGGCACUGUUCAUGAUGUUCACUUCGGUUAA